AUGGGGAGCGAUGGCGACGGUGAUGCACCAUUAUUGGACGACAAAGCAAAGCGAAUGAGGGAUCUGCUAUCCAGUUUUUACGCUCCAAACCCCUCAAUGUUGUCUCAUUCCCCCACCGCCUCCUCCAAGCAUUCAACACCCGACGAUAUCAACUCCUCCUCCUUCGAUCCCAACCAUUACAUGAACAUUCUCGUCAAUAACUCCAACUUGGAAGGCCUUCUCAAGCGCCACGUUGAUAUGGCCGCUGAGAUCAAGAAUCUCGACACCGACUUGCAGAUGCUUGUUUACGAGAAUUACAACAAGUUCAUCAGCGCCACUGAUACUAUCAAGAGGAUGAAAAGUAAUAUUUUGGGGAUGGAGGGAAAUAUGGAGUACCUUCUUGAAAAAAUCAUGUCUGUACAGUCCAGGAGUGACAGUGUUAACACUUCUUUAUUUGAGAAGAGGGAGCACAUUGAGAAAUUGCAUCGCACUUGUAAUCUUCUUCGAAAAGUUCAGUUCAUAUAUGAUCUACCUGAUAGACUUGGCAAGUGCAUCAAAUCAGAAGCCUAUGCGGAUGCUGUCAGAUUCUACACUGGUGCAAUGCCAAUUUUUAAGGCAUAUGGAGACUCUUCAUUCCAUGAUUGUAAGCGAGCAUCCGAUGAAGCAAUAGCUAUCAUAGUUAAAAACUUGCAGGAAAAGCUGUUUUCAGAUUCUGAACCUAUACAAGUGAGAGCUGAGGCUGCAUUGCUGCUUAAGCAGUUGGAUUUUCCGGUGGACAAUUUGAAGACAAAGCUGUUAGAGAGGUUGGAACAUUCCCUUAGAGACAUUCAACUGAAACCUGAAGAGAUAAAGAAUGCUUCACCCUCUGCACGUGAGGUAGCUAUUCUCGAAUUUGUGGAGGCUAUUCAUGCAUUUCGAGUAAUUUUCCCAGAUUCAGAAACUCAAUUAGUUAAAAUUGCUAAAGGCUUGAUUACCAGGGACUUUGUAAUUACCGAGGAGUAUGUAACGACUAGAAUUUGUGCGGCAGAUCUACUAGGUGUUCUUCGAGUUAUUUGGAAUGAAUCACUCCUGAUGGACGAGGUCUUGCAGGAUUCAGCUCUAUCUGAUCAUUUUCUUGAGGGUGCUAAGGCUGCUGUCAAGCUAUAUGUGGAAAGUGCAUUUUCUCAACUUUUGCUAGAUAUCUCAGAUUGCCUCUUAAAAAUUUUGAAACGAGAUGAAACAGAAGAGUACUCCCUGGAAACUGCUCUAGAUGCUAGCACAAAACUUGCUCUCCAAGGAGGCAGGAACCUCUUGCUGGAUGUUUGCAAGAUUCUAGAUGAUGGCUCAGGGAUUAUAGACAAACUAAGAGAGCCAAUAAUUGAUUGGGUACAAGAAGGGUUACAAGAUUUUUUCAGGCAACUUGAGGAUCAGUUCCAAUCGUUUUCAGGGAAGAAUAAUUCUUCAGCUACACAAAUUCAUGGGCUGACAGAGGCAGCUGCUUUUGCUGGCCUUGUCCUAGUGCUGGCUCAAUUGUCUGCUUUCAUUGAACAAACUGCCAUCCCUAAGAUCAACGAGGAAUUAGCAGUUUCUUUUUCUGCUGGUCCAUAUGAAUAUGGACCCGCCUUUGUUCCGGGAGAGAUCUCUCGAAAAUUUAGAUCAGCUGGUGACAAGUUCCUACAGCAGUACAUAAAUAUUCGAACUCAACGAAUAUCACUACUCCAGAAGAAGAGAUUUGCCACACCUAAAUGGGUUAAGCAUAAGGAGCCAAGAGAAGUUCAUAUGUUUGUUGAUCUAUUUCUACAAGAGCUCAAGGUCAUAGUCAAUGAAGUGAAGCAGGUUUUGCCUCAAGAUAUGCGAAAGCAUCGUAGAAGUAACGCAAGCAGUGCUUCGUCGAAAAGUAAUUCCUUCCGAGAGGAGAAAUUAUUGCACCGCUCAAAUACUCAAAGGGCGAGGAGCCAGCUUCUGGAAACACAUUUAGCCAAACUGUUUAAGCAAAAAGUUGAAAUUUUCACAAAAGUAGAACACACCCAGGAAUCAGUUGUAAUGACCAUAGUUAAAUUAUCCCUUAAAAGUUUACAAGAAUUUGUAAGGCUUCAGACUUUUAACCGGAGUGGAUUUCAGCAAAUUCAAUUGGAUAUGCAGUUCCUAAGGACUCCUUUAAGGGAAAUAGUUGAAGAUGAAGCUGCAAUGGAUUUCUUGCUUGAUGAGGUGAUUGUUGCUGCUACAGAGAGGUGCCUUGAUCCAAUUCCAUUGGAGUCCCCCAUUCUGGACAAACUAAUUCAAGCAAAGCUGGCAAAAUCUUUGGAGGAGAACACAUCCUCUUCAUAA